AUGGGGCUGAUGCUAGCCGAAUGGACCGCACCGCUCGACGCGGAGCACCUCAGGCCAAAAGAAAUCGCGGAGGAACUAGAGAGGGGAGUGACGCUGGCCUGUGACCUCGACCUCAAACCGAAGCCAAAAACAACAUCGUCAAGGAGACCUGUCCCGUGGUGGAACCAGGAGAUAGCGGAGGUCAGAGCCGCAUGCGUGAGGUCCAGGCGAGCGUUCACCCGCGCCCGUCGGCGGGGACAAGGGGAAGCUGAAGCCGUGCUAUACAAGGAGGCCAGGAAGACCCUGAACAGCGCCAUCAGGAGGCAUAAGAAAAAGUGCUGGGCGGAUCUGGUGAAGUCCGUGGACGGUGACCCCUGGGGCAAGCCCUACAAAAUAGUCAUGAGGAGAUUGCAGGGCCCCCCAGCGCCCAAUAGGAUGGAGCCGGACACGCUGUCCGAAGUGGUAGACGGUCUCUUCCCGGAGCACCCGCCGCUGAUCAGGGGCAAUCCUUUCGGAGACGUGGAGGUCCAGAAUUUCAGCGCGGAGGAAGUGACCGCCGUCGUCAACAAGUUCAAGGCGAGAAACAAGGCGCCAGGCCCGGACAAUUAUUGUCCGAAAAAUGGCGCCAGGCCAUUUUAUCAAACCGUAUAA